CAUCCCUACUGGUGUAAGACGACAGCGUCUGCAGAAAGCAGGGGAGAACAGAGCCGUCGUCGAGGACAGAAAGGAUUCAUGCCGAGGCAUCAAAGUUCAGGCCAUGGAAAUAACGCUGAAGGGGAUUCCACUGAAGGUGGUGAAUAUUCCAUGGAGGAAUAAUAACCUUAGCACUGUGCAUACAGAUCCUCCUCUCUCUGAACAAGGAGAAACCAUCGUUGGAGUCUACCUGUUGGUGCUGGGUUGGUUAUCAUGGUUUGGAAACAGUCUGGUGAUAUUUGUGUUGUACCGGCAGCGGGCCUUACUCCAACCAACAGAUUUCUUCACAUUAAACCUCGCUAUCUCUGAUGCCAGUAUCUCAGUGUUUGGCUACUCUCGAGGAAUCCUGGAAAUAUUUAACAUCCUGAAAGAUGAUGGUUAUCUGAUCACAUGGAUCUGGACUUGCCAGGUAGACGGCUUCCUCACGCUGCUCUUCGGUCUUGUCAGCAUCAACACCUUGACAGUUAUCAGCGUCACCAGAUACAUCAAGGGUUGCCACCCGCAAAAAGCAAACUGCAUCAGCAUUAACACCAUUGCAAUAUCUCUAAUCUCCAUUUGGACCGGAGCAUUGUUCUGGUCUGUUGCUCCGCUGCUGGGAUGGGGCAGCUACACAGAUCGGGGUUAUGGCACCUGUGAGGUGGACUGGUCCAAAGCCAAUUAUUCCACCAUCUACAAGUCCUACAUCAUCUCCAUCCUCAUCUUCUGUUUUUUCGUCCCUGUGAUGAUCAUGCUCUUCUCAUAUGUAUCUAUCAUAAAAACUGUAAAGAACACAAAUGCAAUGUCCGCUGAAGGGUUUCUGACCGCACGACAAAGGAAGAUGGAAAGAGACGUCACGAGGAUUUCUAUUGUAAUCUGCACUGCUUUCAUCAUGGCCUGGUCGCCGUACGCAGUGGUCUCCAUGUGGUCGGCCUGGGGCUUCCACGUGCCGAGUACAACCAGCAUCGUCACCCGCCUCUUUUCCAAGUCCGCCAGCUUCUACAACCCGAUCAUAUACUUCGGCAUGAGCUCCAGGUUCCGCAAGGAGGUCUCACUGCUGCUUCCAUGCACGGCAGAGAGCAGGGAAGUGGUGCAUCUGCAACACUUUAAAAACAUCAAACCCAAAGCUGAAAAUCUGCCCCAAGCUGGAUCCCUUCCCACCCAGAGACCUGAGGAGAAAUACUUGGCAAGAGAGCAGAACCGGUCCAACCCUGACAGCGACUCAGGGGUCAACAGUCCUUCUGAGACACCUCCUGAGAUCUUCCACAUUGAUGUUCCCUCACACAUUGAAACAUCAGAGUACUGGUGUGACAGACUCUAAGACUGUUUAAACCAGCAGGACAAGGGGAGGGUUGACUGUGUUUUUUAUUUUCUUCAGCUUACCCAUGGUCAUAAACAGAUGUACCCAUGUUUGUCAUCAGUAUGUGUGCUAAUAAAUUAUCUUUUGAGGCUCAAA